CGUUUUCAGCAUAGUUUUACCCGCGGUCGACCUGGAUAGGUUCAUGGUCGGUUGAACAGAUCCGAUUGAAGCAAGUGCUUCUUGGCGCCUUUUCGUAUCGUUGUGGUAGUGCGGACAAAGUCUUUUAUCGAAUCGUGAGUGGAUACGUUUGGAGUAUGAAAAUUGUUUUUAAUUUAACGUGGGCGUGUCCGCAGGUAUACAGCGUCGACCGUGUGUUUUGUGUUCAAUGUCCGAUGCGAGGGAAAUGUUUGGCAUUGCUCGAUGAAAGAGAACAUUUCGAAAUGAAAUUAUCCCGCUAAGCUCGCGACGAUUCAAGUCAUUCGACGUGAAGGGUUGAUAUUUUUCGACGUCGACAAUUUCAUUCGAAAACAUCCUCAGACAAAAAAAUGUAAAUAUACGGUAAAAAUGGAGUAGUUGCGAUACGUAAGAUGAUAAUGAAAAAGUGUGGGAAUACGGAUUUAUUAUAAACAAGACAAUCUUGGUCAAUGGAGAAAGCCAAAAAAAGAUUGGAACUGCUCCAUUGCAGUAAAUCGCAGAAUGUGUUGCGCAAUUUAAUGCUCAGAGACUUUGGAUUUUGCACGGUACAUAAACCUAGCGCGCAAUUGGAAUUAAUAGCCGAAACAAAUCUUGUUCUGAAGAAUCAUAAAGAAUUGAAAUGCGAAUUACCUGGGAUUCCUAAAGCAACGUUUUUAAUGGUUUUCAGCCCUGACGGAACCAAAAUGGCAUCAACACAUGGGAACCAUAAUGUUUAUAUUACCGAAGUUACAACUGGGAAACAUAUUAGAACGCUUUCUGGUCAUCCACGUACCCCGUGGUGCAUCGCGUUUCAUCCUUCCUCCAGUGAAAUUUUAGCUUCCGGUUGUUUAGGCGGUCAAGUUCGUGUUUGGGAUUUAAGCGAUGGCAGCAAAGUUUGGAAUACCGAAAAUCAGACAAUCAUAGCGUCUCUUGCCUUUCACCCGACCAAAAGAUUACUUGUUAUAGCAACAUGUAACGCGUUAUAUUUUUGGGACUGGACCGCGCCUGAACCUUACGAUGUAGCGACUACCAGAACUCAUGAAGAAAAAGUAAGAUACGUGGCAUUUGAUAAUUUGGGAAGGAAACUAAUCACAGGCAUUGCGAAUAUGCGCCGUAUACUUUCAGGUGAGCCGCUCGACAGGAAAAGACGAAUAAUGAAUGAUAGGAGCGCUAAUGGAUUGACCAGCGAAAAUACCGAAUUCAGAAGUCUAUCGCUGAAUUCAAAUGUACCAGAUGAUUAUGCGCCUGUAUGUCGACCUUUUAAUGCUUUCGAAGUUAAAAGUCAUCGUGUUCAAGCGUGGGACUUUUCUAACGGGGAAACACCUGAUAUUUAUAAUUACAGGAAGAAUAUUGUUGUCCAACAUUGUAACAUUCGCAAUGAUGCCACCAUAGACAUUUCUUCAGAUGGAAAGUUAUUGACGACUCUGUUCCCGUGUGGUAGACUCGACUGGAAAAAUAUUUUAGAAGGUUACAGUUUGCAAUGGGAAUCAUUAGGGGACAGAAUUUAUUCUACGCACAUAUACAAUGAAUCUGCGGUUUCUGUGUCGAUUUCCCCAACGCAACAGCAUUUGUUGGUGGGUCUUGCAUGGGAACCUAAUCGAACGAAACCGAUUUCCAUGGCUCUGAUUUAUCAAUUGAUAGACAAGGAAAAUCAAAACGAGGACCAGACGUCCGAUGGAAUUGUGCUCAUCCGAAAAUUAUUACAGGACAACAGACAGAUCCCUAAUAAUUCAAGUUUAAAUUGCAUUCGAUGGGUACCACGGCCUGGACAAGGAUUGGUUUACGCUACCAAUACUGGGGAAUUGAAUAUUCUCUAUUGAUUUUAUUUUUGUAACAAUAUGCGGGGCGUAGAAACUUAAAUUAUGUGGCAUUUUUAAAUGCAUUAUUGCGUUUAUAAUUAAUAAUUAGGAAAAAUACUAUCUAUAAAUGUAUAAUAUGUAUUUUGAUAAAGUUCUAGUGAAAGAUGGAAAUUAUGUUUUAUAUAUAUAAUUUUAUCGAUUGUCAAUUACAUCUUUGACAAUCAGAUUUUCGUACUGCUUUCUAAAACUAUACACGUAAAGCUGUGUGCAUUAAUAUUUGUUCUAAAUGUUAGUAUAUCAUUAUGAGAAUUCAUAGAAAUGGACAUGCAUAUAUUGUUAGAAACAGACAUUUAAUGAUAAAUCGCGUAAAUAGUUAGAACUAUCCAUCAUCGUACAGUAAACUGUGUAGUAAUUCCGGAGUCUCCGGUUGUUUCAAGCAGAGAGAUACUUUGUCCUGCAAGUUAGUAGAGUAUUUGCUUUGUCCCAGUUGAUCAAGAUCGCGAUCUAAAAUCGUUUCAAUUUCGUCAUCGAUGUACAACGGAUUUUCAUAAAUCUUCGAUACGUAUGAACCGCUCUGUUCCGUAGAAUUUAUCGUUUCAUUUAUUGUAUUCUGCAAUUCUGUCUCAGACAUAUUAACCGUAUUAUAAUUAUUUAAUGUUACAGGUACAUCACAAUUAACUAUCUGAUUAGUAUAUUGAAUCUGCCCUCUCAGUUCGGUCAAAGAACCGGGUAACUGAUGAUACUUCACCUGGUGCAUUUUCAAAUUACUAGUUUGCGAAAAUGUUUUCAUACAAAAAUUGCAAUGAUAAGGUCUUUCUCCUGUAUGACACCGCGAAUGUCUCUGUAGCUUAUAUUUUGUUACAAAUUGUUUACCACAGUCUGAACAAGUAAACGAACUAUUUCCUAUUUGUAAAUUUUGAUUAUUAGCAGACUUCUCCACAUCCAUGUGAAAGUUUAUCAUAUGAGACUUCAAUGAUACUUUAUAACGGAACGAUUGAUGACAAUUCGCGCAUUGAAAUUGUUUUUUCCCUUCGUGCCUUUCUAUAUGUUUCAUCAAUAUUUCUUGCUGAUUGAAAGACAUUCUACAAAUCUGAAAACAAUGUUUCGAUAUUAAUGAAUUAAAUUCUUCGUGUGAUUUAAUAUUGAGUUGAUUCCACUGAAAUAUAAGAAUUUAUUCUCUUACGAACAUUACAAAUAAACGGUCGUUGCCCUGUGUGAAUCCGUUUAUGUCUAUUCAAAUGUGCCUGACACCUGAAGCUUUUAGCACAUAUUGGACAUAUGCUUUUUCUUGAACCUUGUUUUCCUAAAGGAUUUUUCGAUACUGUAUCAUUUGCUUUCAAUUGACAUAGCAUACUCUGAAAAUUAAUCAAACAAAUAAUAAUUACAUUCUGAAAAAUAAGUUUACAUAAUGAUAAAUCAUCGAAUACCUCAGUAAAAUCAAUUUCCAAUGACGGAGCAGCAAGUUGUUUCUGUACAUUUGCUACCAUUAUAUAAAACUCAUCGAAUGUACAAAUUUUUUGUUCGCAAUCGAUACAAACAUAUUUGGAGAAUGUAUCAGAAUUUGAAAUGUUCAUUACCUAGCCAAAAGCACAGGUUAAAAUCAAUUUAAUAUAUAUGUAUACAAUAGACACUUAAACGUACCUCCUUUGAGAAAUAUUUGUUUAUAAUAGAGAUUAAAACAGUCCCUUUAAUUUUAUCUGUAAAUAAAUCUGUGCCUUGCAGUUUUUCUUUGCCGCAAAGUCUGCAUAACUUUACAUUUGCAUUAUGUAGCAUCAUUAUUUAUAGAUGUUUUAGAUUCACCUAAAAAUUUCAAUUAAAUCAAUGGAACAAAUCGUACAGCUAAUAUAAUUUGUAGAAAAUAGAAAUUUUCUAUUGAGAAAUGUUCUAUUUUCAAUUGUUUAUAUAAAAGUAAGGAUUGUGUGUGUGUGUGUGUGUGUAUUUGCAUCGUGUAUAACAUUUCUAUGAAUUUGUGUCACUUUAAUGUAUCUUUUAAAUAAAUUCAUAGACAUUAAUGUGAUGCAUUCAUAGAGAAUGCACCUCUUUCAAAAGUUUGACGUUUUCUUUGUAUACCUUCUGUCAAUUUACUAUUAGAUAGAAAAGUUGAAAGGUUGAGAAUUACGAGAAAAAUUAUUACUUUUGAGUCUCUUUACUCCUCUGGAUAGAUACGAAAUGAUAAUGACAAAUGUUUCAUUCACAAAAAAUGCUUUAUGAGAAAAAUAAUUGGAAAAGUGUUAUGUAUACAGAUUUGCUCACACAAACAGGAUUUAACGAUUCUUUCCAGAGCCUGGAAUUCUUGAAAAAGGUUGGAUAACGCCGGGGUUAUGUGUUAUACCGCUUGAGGCGCUGGUGUCGUUAUAUACAACAAAACACAGUUGUACAAAUUUCUUAUUAUUUAUAAAAGUAUGAAUAC